AUGAGCUCGCGCAAGAAUCAAGACCAGAAUGCUCAAAUAGAAGCCCUAUCUGCAUUGCGUUCGACACUGUCUGUCAAGUCAGGGGAAACUAUCGGUCCUCAAGAUGAGAGAGUCGCGCUUGUUGUGCAGUGGAUGGAGAGUUCGCCAGGUGCUCAUGAUAUUUUUGAGUUAUGGGAGAGUAGCAAUCAAUCGUCCAGUCAAUCCCUUCUUGUGUCUUUGCUAUCGUCGGUUCUCACUCUGCUGUACUCUCAUUUCCCAUACCACUCGCACGGCAUUCCAAUUAUCAAAACGCUGUUGUCCCCAAAAUGGAUGCGUAGAAUCACGUCUUACGUCUCCGGUUCCAAUGAACUUAUUCUCAUUUCUUUGAAAUUGUUGAACGCUAUCUCUCACUUUGGAGGUGGGAGGGAACGGAAGACGCUUUUUGAAGCAUUUCCGUGGGACAUAAAUGUGUACAACCUUGCCCUCGUCCUUAGAAACAGAUUCCAGCCGCAGAGCAUGCUGUCUGACUUGGAUGAGGCCAUCGAGCUUCAUCGCGCUGCACUGCUCCUCCGUUCCCCUGGCCAUUUUGAUUGA